CAAAGUCUACGGAGUACUAUGUAGGUAUUGGUGCUGUACGCCCCGUCCCACCGAUGAUCCACUUUCAAGACCCCACGUGGCGCACGGCCCUUUGGGUGGGUUUGGCGCAGCAGGCACCUUCGGGCUACUCGACCACUCUAGCUGGCGCGUCUCUACCAACUUGAACGCGUCGCAGGGCUCAUUCCCACUUCCCGUCUUCCAUCACCUCGUUGUUGAUAUCAACAUCGUAUCCUGGAAAAAUGCCAUCUUCCGAUGACUUGGCUGACGGCGAUCCCCCUGUGAUCGAUCCUUAUGAGAUUCUCGGGCUCGAGCGUGAGGCCACGGCUGACCAAGUCAAAUCAGCCUACCGGAAGGCAGCACUCAGAAACCACCCAGACAAGGUCUCAGACGACCAAAGAGAUGAGGCCAAGGAAAAGUUCCAGUCCAUUGCCUUCGCAUACGCCAUCCUCUCUGACCCGGCAAGACGCAAGCGCUACGAUACCACCGGCUCAACUUCCGAGUCGAUUGUCGACUCUGAAGGCUUCAACUGGUCCGACUACUACCGCGAGCAGUUCCGCGAUGCGAUAUCUGCAGAUGCAAUCGAGAAAUUCGCAAAAAAAUACAAAGGCUCCGACGAAGAGAAGGACGAUGUCCUGCUUGCCUAUGAAGAGCACAAGGGUGACAUGGACAAGAUCUACGAGUCAGUAAUGUUGAGCGACGUCCUCGAGGACGACGAGCGCUUCCGUAAGAUCAUUGACGAUGCCAUUGCCAACGAAGACGUCCCACGCUUCAAGCGAUACACAAUGGAGAGCAGACUGUCCAAAGCGGCCCGUGUCACAGCAGCAAAGGGCGAGGCGCAGGAGGCCGAGGAGUACGCCAAGGAACUAGGCGUACAUGACAAACUUUUUGGCGACAAGAAGACCAAGGGAAAGAAGAAAGCCAAGGACACCGGCGAAGAUGACCUGGCGGCGCUCAUCAAGAGUAAUCAGCAGAAGCGUGCUGGGUUCCUGGAUGAUCUCGCCGCCAAAUACGGAGCCACCAGUCAGCCGAGGAAGGGGAAGAAGAGAGCUGUCGAGGAAGAAGAGCCGUCAGAAGAAGCCUUCCAGGCAGCGGCUGCGCGAUUGAAGAAGGCCAAGCCGGAGGAGAGUAAACCCGCGAAGGCAGGUCGAAGAUCGAAGCGGUAGAAUUGGCAUUGUUGGUUUGGCGUCUUGGGAACUGGGUCACAUUAGGCAAGGGGUCACGGGAAAGGCUGGAUUCGACCCAAUAGUAUGACGGAGUUGAAGUGAAUUGACUAUCAAGAAUGGCCGCGCUUUUCGGCCUUUUUUCUUUUU